ACUGUAGGGAAUAUCCCAAAACCAAGGGAGCUAUGACAGAGAGGAGCCCAGGGAGCAGGAGGCUCCUGUGGAGAAACAUGAAUGGACUUUGGGACUAGAAGUUUGGGGGCCUAGAGGCCAGUGCCAGGAGGCUAAGCUCCAGCUAGGAAGAGCUAGGAGGAUAGCUUGUGAGAACAGACUGGGACAGAAGAAGAGCUCUGGCUGGGAGAGAAGAAAUCAGAGCUAAUGACAAAUCCGCUCGCUCCUGCCCUGCCUCCACCCCCUACAGCGCGCAGCUCUGCACCCACCGCGCCAGCCCUCCAGCCGCCUCUCUCCGCCGGGAGCCAGAGCCGCUGCCCACCGUGCGGCCGCCCGCAGAAGCCAAGGGAGGAGAAGGAGAAGGGGACAAUGGAGGUUCCGCGCCUGGAUCGCAGCGGCAUGAGCAGCCCCACCAGCCCCUGCGAGGAUGUGAUCAAGAAUCUCAGCCUGGAGGCGAUUCAGCUCUGCGAUAGGGACGGGAAUAAAUCACAAGAUAGUGGGAUUGCAGAGAUGGAAGAACUUCCAGUCCCACACAACAUCAAAAUAAGUAACAUCACAUGUGAUUCUUUCAAGAUUUCAUGGGACAUGGAUUCUAAAUCCAAGGACCGUAUUACUCACUAUUUUAUUGAUCUAAACAAGAAAGAGAACAAGAAUUCCAACAAAUUUAAACACAAGGAUGUACCCACUAAACUGGUUGCAAAAGCUGUUCCUCUCCCUAUGACUGUUCGUGGACACUGGUUCUUGAGCCCAAGAACGGAAUAUACAGUAGCCGUGCAGACGGCAUCAAAGCAAGUUGAUGGGGAUUACGUUGUUUCUGAGUGGAGUGAAAUCAUAGAGUUUUGUACAGGAGAUUAUUCAAAAGUUCAUCUAACACAGCUUUUGGAAAAAGCUGAAGUGAUUGCAGGACGUAUGCUUAAGCUUUCUGUUUUUUAUCGGAAUCAGCACAAAGAAUACUUUGAUUAUAUCAGAAUUUUGGUGCAUAAUUCCCUCAGGAGUAUAGAAUACAUGAAGAUAUUCAGAAACAGGCAAAUUCAGGGUCUUUUACAGUUGGCAAAGAAUUGCUGGCUCAAAAGAGACCAACAUGGAAAUGCAAUGCAGCCUUCUGUCAAGGAUAACAGUGGUAGCCAUGGCUCUCCAAUCAGUGGGAAGUUGGAAGGCAUCUUCUUUAGCUGCAACACUGAGUUUAACACAGGGAAGCCACCACAAGAUUCACCUUAUGGAAGAUACAGGUUUGAGAUUUCAGCCGAAAAACUUUUCAAUCCAAAUACUAACUUGUACUUUGGGGACUUCUACUGCAUGUACACAGCUUAUCACUAUGUCAUUCUUGUUAUUGCCCCUGUUGGCUCACCAGGAGAUGAAUUCUGUAAGCAGCGCCUUCCUCAGCUAAAUUCAAAGGAUAAUAAAUUUCUGACCUGCACUGAAGAAGAUGGCAUCCUGGUUUAUCACCAUGCCCAGGAUGUUAUUUUAGAAGUAAUUUACACUGAUCCUGUGGAUCUUUCCCUUGGCACAGUUGCAGAAAUUACUGGUCAUCAGGUAAUGAGCUCGUCUACUGCAAAUGCAAAAAAAGAUCCCAGUUGCAAGACCUGCAACAUCAGUGUUGGACGUUAAUCCCUACCCCAUUACUUAGGAGCCUUUGAACCUCUGUUGUCCAUUUCCAUUGUCAGAUGUUCUCUUCAGAAGCAUGCACAUGCCGCUGUCACCAAAAGCAAACACCAGUUUUUCAAAUUCAUUAAUAGCAUUUUUAGUAUAACUUCCCUCCUUCCUUCUGAUAGUUUAUAGCAUUAGGGGAACAGAAGUCCUGGAUUUUCUUUCUGACAACAUUUACACCUAGAUGCUGCAAUUUUUGUUUUUGUUUGUUUGUUCCUGGCCAAACAUAACAAAAACCUAUAUAAAAUGCUUUAGCAAAAUACAAAUAAUGGCUUAUAAUGGUGUUUAAAUAUGCAUUUAUUUUAAUCUACUGAACAAACACUGGGAUAACUCCAAACAGCAUGAAAGGUUGUAAUUGCAGCAUGAUUUAAAUCUCGAAGCCUAGAAAUGUCAGCACUUCCAACUUGUUGUUUGACAGUGUUAUUUAUAUUAGCUAACUGGAAACAAAAAUUGUGUUUAAACAUAAUAAAUAUAAUAGAAAAAUAUUUUAUUUGUACUGUUGUAUAAAAUAUUAUACAAUCAUAUAGAAUAUAUAGAGUACAUUUUAAUAGCAAUUGUAUACGUCAUGAAACCAUUUUCUCUUAUCAAAGAUGUAGUUUGUAAACCUCAAAUAGUUGUGUAUCUGUUCCUGUUGC